AUGCACUCCACGCACGAGUACAAGCAAGUCCCAUUACAAGAGAUGAACGUCAAGAAGGAUGACCUAAUUUCCAACGACGUAUCCGAUAUUGAAGUAGCGAACGGCUCUGCUCAUGAUCACGAAACUCAAAAGGAUAAUGCAAAGGCAAUGGCCUCAAACAAGACCAAUCAAUUAAUUAAAGCAGCGGCUUUGGUCGGUCUGGUCUUUCAGAAUACGUCUCUGAUUCUCUUCAUGAAACAAGCAUCCAUAACGCCAUCAGAAGAUGGGAAGAAAGCCUUGACGACUACAGUUGUAGUCAUGGUGGAGUUCUUCAAAAUUACUGCCUGUAUUCUGGAGAUUGCAUACCGCAGGCGCAAAAGCGGUGGAUUGAUAAGUGAGAUCAGAGAAGAGAUUGUUGGCAAGCCCAGGGAAACCAUGAUGUUGCUGGUCCCUGCCUUCAUGUACCUGGCACAAAACAACCUUCUGUUCAUUGCGGUUGCAAACUUGGAAGCCGUUGUGUAUCAGGUUAUUGCUCAGUUGAAAAUUCUCACGACUGCGGGGUUUUCCAUUCUCAUUCUUGAGCGCAAGCUAACGAUCCAGCAAUGGUCGUCCCUCGUGUUGUUGACCAUUGGAGCCGCUGUGGUUCAAGUUGACAAUUCUUCUCCUGGACAAGUCGCAAAGAAGACCGAAGCAAAUUUAUCUAGCACCAUUGGACUUGCUUGUGCAUUGCUUGCUCAGUGCACGUCUGGUUUUGCGGGAGUUUUUUGUGAGAAGAUGCUGAAAGGCGGAAGCUCGAACAUGUCAGUGCGAAAUAUUCAGCUUGGAGUUCCUGGAUUUGUGUUCGGUAUCGCAGGCGUUCUCCUCACCGAUUACACAAAAGUUACAACCGGCGGAUUUUUUCAGGGUUACACAUACUUGACGUGGAUCGUCAUAUGCCUGCAUUCAAUUGGGGGUUUGUUGGUAACUGUCAUCAUGAAGUACGCAGACAACAUUGCGAAGACUAUUGCCAUCGGGAUAUCGUUGGUGGUUUCCACGGCGGUUUCGAUGUACAUCUUUGACUUCGUUCUAACUACCAACUUCUGUAUUGGAGGUUCCGCUGUGAUUUUCGCCAGUUUCAUGUACUCAUCUAACUUGAAGAUGUGCCCAGCUCCCAAACCAGUCAACUAA